CCGCAAGUCUCACUUUGACACAUUGACUUGAUAACCGAUUCAUUGUUCCCAUUGCCAUUAUUCAUAAAAUUACGCCCACAAAGUGUUGUUCGUUAGUUAUCAAGUUGAGAGUUUAUCCAUUGAACUGCACAUAUUAAACAUUCAUUAUCAAGACUUCUUUGUUGGAAUUUAUUUAUAACUAACUAUCGUUUGCACGACCUUUAGCAACAGUCAAAACAAAUGAGUAAGGUUAUGUUCAAUAAAACAAGUGCGUUUAAAUAGUCAUUUGAAACCGACUAUAGACUAUCAAAGUUGAAACGAGAUUUUUUGAAUAAUCAUAAACAAUCAAGGGCUCGUUGUUCAGUGUUGAAAAUUGUUAACUUUUACAACUCUAACAAUGUCACCAGAACCAACCCAAGAACCUGUAGAUAAUUUAAAUACAGCCAAUGUUAAUGUUAAUGUAAUAACUGCGCAUGAAUCGGAUAGUGAGGAUGAAGAUGCUGGGCCAGCGGGAUACAUGCCACUUUCUCAGAUUCCAGCAGAAGGAGAACCGUUGGAAGAUGAGAAUGAUGACGACGAUGAGGAUUUCGAAUGGACUCAUGCACCUACAGAACCUCAACAAAGCUUGCCAGAAUCAAAUGAACCAGGAGAGCCAUCGGUUGAUCCAGAGACAUUAGAGGUUUGGUCUGCUCCGGGCAAUUCAUCUAACAUUGACUUGGAUGCAGAUAAAAUAAACCAAGUCAAAUCAGCUAUGGCCUCUUUUACUCUGCCAACUACAGCGAUACCAGACUGGGCUAAUUCCAUAUCCGAAGAUCAGUGGAAAGAACAGCUGAUUCAUCGUAUUAAAGAGAUACAGAAGGACAAAAAAUGAAAGUAGAAUUAUGAUCUCUUUUCACGCAUCGUUAUCAUGUAAAUACUUAUUUUUGUUUAAAGAAUAAGAGGCAUUAUUUUUAUCAUUAAAAAGUGAGAUUUCUAUGGACACUCUAAUGUGUAAAUGUAUUAAUAGAUAAAAAAUGACAUUUGUUAAAGUAUGAUGCUAUCAAAUAAUUUAAUUUUUCAAAACUGUAUGAUAAAACAUAGUUUUUGAAAUAAUUUUGUUAAUCAAGCAAGAUGUAGCUAGUCGCUUAGUAAUUUUUUGUAAAUAAUUUUUCAUCAAUGUAAAUAAACCUUUGAAAACUCUA